AUUCUCACAUUUUACGCAAAAAAACAGCUCAGAAACGGCGUGAAAAUAAUCCUUCCAAAUAAAGGAAUCCCUUCCCGUAUCCUGGUUGGCCAGUGGUGAAAAGGUAAACGUUACCCAUUUUCCUACUGCCUGCAAUCCGGCUCACUAACAGCACCAGCACGAUGGCAACACAAACCGCCACGGUAGCCACCGGCAGCACUAGCGGCAAACCGCAGGAGAAGAAAAGCCAGGAAAAAAUCGCAACCGAGUUUCAGCAGCUGCGGAAUCAGCAACUAAAUUUGGUCAACAACCUAAACGCGAUCGAGAUGGAUCUCAAAGAGCACAAAACUGUCAUCGACACACUGAAGGUGGUGGAACCUAGUCGAAAAUGCUUCCGAUUAGUUGGUGGCGUGCUGGUGGAACAAACCGUGGAGGUUGUGCUACCGCAGCUGGAGAUGAACAAAACCCAGCUGGAGAAGCUGAUCGAGGAGGGCAAGGAACAAAUCACCAAAAAAGGCAUCGAGAUCAAUCAGUACAAGGAUGAGCACAAUAUCAAAAUGCGGGGACAGGAACCGACACCACCGGUAGAAAGCGAGAAGGAAAAUGCUGCCGAUGAUAAAUCGAGCGGCAAUCGGAACGUUCUGGUGGGCAACCUAUAGACAGGUUGUGGCCAUGUAUGUGUGUUUUCCCUGCUAGCUUUUGUUUUCCUUGUUUCCCGCCUCCUGUGGUAUUGCCGUUUCCGAUGUGUCCUUUGUCGGGUGGAGCAGGUUCCCCCCGAUUGACAAAUCGGCCAUGAAUGAUCAUUAGGAAAGGAGUUCUAUAACACACGCACCACAACGUUCUUCCACAACUUAAGGAUCGGAUGGUGGUGGUUAGACAGGGCUCUAGAUUGCAGAAUUGAAUUGUCCUACUCAAAACAUACAACAUCAUUUAAAUCCAUCGCUCCAACACACACCAUUCACCUGCGCACAGUUGCUCUUACGCGAACAAAUGAGAAGAAAGGGCUCGUUCGGGAUUGUUAAUUUAAAGAGUAAGCACCGAUUGAACGAAGUGAAGAUAAAAAAAAACG